AUGGGAAAGGUUCUAUUUGAAGAUGAUUGGUGCAAAAUCACACCUGAUCACCUUUCAAUCAAAUGUUACUACUUUCCUAUAGGAAAAAGAAAGAAAAUUGACUCGACAAUGAUUAGAGGAGUGUACUACGUUGUGCAAGAUCUUUCUGACCAAUGGUACAAAGUCAAAGGAUGGGGAAUGGCCAUAACUCCGUGUUGGUGGGCAUGUGACACGCUCAGGUGCUGCCAUGGCUCUUCUAACACCUAUUACAAUGUCGUCAUAGACUGCGGAGAAGCAACUUACAAAGGAUUCACUGUUAUGAAUAUCGGAGAAUUUCUUCGGCAACUCAAGCUGGUGGCACCACACGCACUAUAUUUGAAUGAGUUACCCUUUUAA